GGCGAGCAACAAGAUACCUGUUUCCUGUAGAUACCAUCUUAUGCCAUGCUUUGACCGACCGGUCACGGCCACGCGUCACGUGAUCGCAGAAAUACAGUGACGUACCAUCAUCAGUGAGAGAAAAGGCGGGACUUGGAAACUUCCAAAGUGCGCUAUAUAGCUCCGUGUGGCAGCUUGAGUAUUUACAACUGAACUGCAAUUUCAAUCUGAAUGGAAGACUAUAAUAUCUGCUCUACAGCUCAUGUUUCGUGGUGCCAUCUUUCUGUGAGCAGAUAAUGUGUGAAGUGAAGUGAGUUACGCGCCAAUUUGUAAGUGUCGUCCGUUUGCCGAUGAUGCCGACUGCAGAUACCAUCGCUGAGUAAAGUAGAGUGUGGGUUCACUCUUAACAACAUCUCAUCAGUUUUGCCCCAAGCGUUGAAACUUUAUUCCAACUUAUCACGACAUGGAAUUUAUUUUGAACGACACGGGUAUAAGAGCUACACCAGGUUUGACCACGACGGUGCCAUUUUCUCAACUGCCAAGUGAUGCUAUUGGCGUUGAUGUCACAUUUUCUUACGGAGAGCGGGUGGUCCUAGCGGUCGCGAUCUGCCUCAUCGCCGUGUUUGGCGGCUUUGGUAACGGCCUGGUCAUCAUCUCAGUCGCGCUGUCUCGUAAACUCCGGACUGCUACCAAUGUGUACGUUGUGAGCCUGAGCACCACCGAUCUGCUGACUUGUCUGUGCUUACCGUGGCAUGCUCUGGCAGUGGCCAGUGUGGACGGGUGGCCGAUGGACAUGGUGGUGUGUGCCACAGCGGGUGCCUUAUCCAUCAUCUUCGUUGGUUCGAGUAUGAUAACUCUCGCAUUCAUCGCCUUGAACCGGUUAUACCUGAUCACCCAACCCAGUGCAAAGUACCGUGCCUUCUACACCUCGAAGAUGCUGAUUGCAACCACUCUCCUAGCCUGGUUGUUACCCAUCGCCACCGUUGCCAUCCCUCCCCUGGUGGGGUUGGGAAAACUCGGCUACGACGACAAAUACCUCCGAUGCGGACCCCUGCACAAGAGCAAGAACUCCUUCAGUGUGUAUGACAGUAUCAUCGCCACGGUCUUGUACCCUGCUCCUCUGGUCAUCAUCGUAGUCAGCUACGUGAAGAUCUUUCUGCACAUCAGGCGCCACACUAAGACAAUCACGGCACCCAAUGAACACUCUUCCUCGUCCCACUACCCGAAGAGUCCCGCCGUCAGCAACGGCAACAAUCACCCCCAGACGCCGGCCCUCAAACCCCAAAGCUCCACCAAGAAACGGCUCAGCAGACGGCAGGUUGAAAUCACCAAGAACCUCUUCUACGUGGUGUGUGCCUUCGUGUUGUGCCUCACGCCGUACAGCACGGGUCUCAUGAUACCCGGGCUGGACCAUUUCGUCCCAUACGCUGGGGUCAUCCUCUUGCUCAAUAGCUGCGUCAACCCCGUAAUUUACGCGGCAAAGCACCCCCACUUCAAGACGGUGUUCCGUUACAUCUUGACUCUCAAAUUCUCAAAAAUACCCGAGCCGUCAAACUUUCUUAGGUCUGCUCUCUCAUCUCGCAGUGACUUACCAAGCAAAUAACUAUUGCGAUGAGAGCUUGGAACACAAGCUGACAGAACUAUAGACUUUGAACUAAGUGUUGAUGUCGGUUCUCCGAUACGAUUACCAAUGUAAAUUUUCUAGCCUUUUUUAAAAACUGUGUUGUAAAUUUGGACGCUUUAUUUUACUGUAUUUUGAGAACCAUGUAUUUUUGUCAUACUUUGAAAUUGAAUACCUAACUUAAUUAAUCAAGGCAUAGGUCCAGGUUGGACAAUCGGUAAAAAUUUAAUGACGAAAGUAGUUCUCCGAUCCAAUCACCGACAUAGAUUGUAUACAUUUUAUAAACACGUGCUGUGAAUUUUAGGGGCGCUGCAUUUUGGUGUGUUUUGAAGACCUGUGUAUUCUCGUCACUAUUAAUUGCUUUCAUUGAAGUUAGAACUAUGUCCAGGUUGGACAAUCGUUUUACAAAUAUAGAACCUUAUUAUAGAUUAAGUUUGGACAGCCGCUGAAAAAGAGCAAAAUAUCUUAAAGGAACGAUACAGAAUUGGUAAGAAACAAAAACCGUGAAGAUCACAGAUUUACAUAAAACUUACACGGUCUAAUG